AUAAUCUAAUGUUUGGAAAAUUUAAAUGACCGACUUUCUAACCUAAAAUAUCUAGAACACCAUUGUGAAACAAGAAGGUGUUUUUAAAUAAAUAAAACGGUGACACACAUUUUUGACACCCAUAAAAGGGGGUUGUAUGCGAGAGAGCGACUGUAAUUAUUAUUUUUAGUUGAGUUUAAAACGUGGAGCGGACAGAACGUUUGCUUGAGAACGCAAAAUGCCCACACAAGAUUUACAGUCACCCACUAGUGAAAUGGUGUUACUAACACCCAACACUGAAAAUCCACCAAAUAUUAUGGCGAACUCAAUGUCAACAGCGAAUGAUCACAAUAAACGUGGUGCCUCCGUGGAGUCAAACAACAGUAGAGUACAAAUGAAAAAGCAAUUAGGUUUACUUGAGGGUGUGGCCAUUAUUUUGGGCAUCAUAUUCGGUUCCGGUAUUUUUAUUUCUCCUAAAGGUGUCAUAAAUGAAGUUGAAGCUGUGGGCACAUCUCUUGUAAUAUGGGUGCUUUGUGGUCUGCUGUCUAUGAUUGGAGCUCUGUGCUAUGCCGAAUUGGGCACCUCUAUACCCAAGUCUGGUGGUGAUUAUGCGUAUAUCUUGGAAGCUUAUGGUUCAUUGCCCGCAUUUCUUUAUCUUUGGGAUGCUAUGAUGAUUUUUGUGCCUACAACAAAUGCCAUUAUGGGUUUAACCUUUGCUUCGUAUGUUCUACAGCCGUUUUACGAGGAUGGCUGUGAAAUACCCACAGCUGCUAAACAAAUGUUAGCGGCGGUAACAAUUUGCUUUCUCACCUAUUUGAAUUCGUUUUACAUGAAAGUCACAACAAAAAUGCAAAAUGUUAUUAUGUUCACCAAAAUAGCCGCCUUAGUUAUGAUUAUUGUUAUUGGUUUAGUAUGGAUGUUUAUGGGCCAUAAUGAAAAUUUCACUGAUGCAUUUGCAAACACACAAACUGAUCCCGGCAAAUUAUCGGUGGCCUUUUACUCGGGUAUAUUUUCAUAUGCCGGCUGGAAUUACUUAAAUUUCAUGACUGAGGAACUUAGAGAUCCCUAUCGCAAUUUACCCAGAGCUAUUUAUAUAUCAUUGCCUUUGGUGACCGUUAUUUAUGUUUUGGCUAACAUGGCUUAUUUGGCGGUAUUGAGUGCUUCAGAAAUGCAGGCAUCCGAUGCUAUAGCUGUGACUUUUGGUAAUAAAAUUUUGGGAGCUUGGUCUCUUAUUAUACCCAUUAUGGUGGCUAUAUCGGCAUUUGGUGGUCUCUCCGUGCACAUAAUGACUUCUUCUCGCAUGUGUUUCGUGGGUGCCCGUAAUGGUCAUAUGCCAGCUAUAUUGUCUCAUAUUAGUGUUAAAAACUUUACACCCCUGCCAUCUUUAGUAUUUUUGUGUGCUCUAUCAAUUAUUAUGUUGGUUUGUAGUGAUGUCUAUGUUCUCAUCACCUACAGCAGUAUAGUGGAAUCGUUUUUCAUUAUGUUGUCAGUAUCGGCUGUAUUAUAUUUCCGCUACACUCGCCCCAAUAUGGAGAGACCCAUUAAGGUUUCGAUGUGGAUACCCAUAGUUUUUGUUAUCAUUUGUGCCUUUCUGGUGGUUGUUCCCAUUUAUGUAGCACCCUACGAAGUGGGUAUGGGUGUUUUAAUUACAGUCAUUGGCAUACCAUUCUAUUAUGUGGGUGUUGUGUGGCAAUCAAAGCCUCAAUGGCUGUUGAAUUUAACAAAUUCUUUAACAUUUACUUGCCAAAAAUUAUUCAUGUCCGCCAAAGAAGAGAAAUAUGACUAAAUAUUAGUAGUAACGCCUAAGUUGCCUGCCCAUCAAUUUAGAAGCAUACAUUUAAAUCAUUUUUAUAAUUUAUUUUUUUAUCAUAAAAUUAUAAAUACAAUCACCUAAGAAGAAAGAAUCAUGCAUUACAUGACAUCACAUCACAUCAAAAGAAAACAACAUAAUUACCUGAUAAUAUCUAUUGCAUUUCUUUUGAUUUGUUUUAUACUCAACAUUUAAAAUAUAAAAUUCUUUUGUUAUUUGACUUUAUUAUUGAAAUAUCUUUUUAGUUACUUUUAUAUUAACGUUCAUU